GGCAACAAACAAGACCCCAAGCAUAAUAAUAAAUUUUUUUAUGGCUGCUACAAGCUCAAUGUGAUUAAUUAUUUUUAUGCAUGUAACCUGAAGCUGGAAUGGCUGAAACAUUAGGCAGUAUUGUGAAGGAAGCCAAGAGAAAUAAGUACUCCCUAACCAAGAAAUUGUCUCAAGAUGAUAUUGUCGCCAUUUGGGAAGGUGCUUCUGAGUUUGUGGAGAGGCAAAUGCUCCAGCAAAAGGGCACUACUGUUCCUGGAUUGGGUGUGUUCACAUUCUCCAAGAAGAAGAUUGACCUUGGAAACAAUAAGUUUAUUAUCAUCCAACGUCCUGUCUUCUUGCUCUCAGAAAAAUUAGCCCAAACACACUCUCUGCAUGCCACCAAGCUGCAUACACCAGGUCAAAUUCCAAUUGUCCCACUGAAUUUUUCCAGUAUUUCCAACGAUAGUCCUUUCAGCCGUGAUACUGUGGAGAUCUCAAUCAAGGAUGUUUUGUUAGCACUGUCAAGGGCACUAGCUGCAAAGAAAAACAUUCAACUGGACUUUGGCAAAGUCGGGCGCCUCUUGAUCAAUCAGGGAAAGGUCAAAAUGAGGUUCUUUCGAAGUUUUAUCCUCGGCCUGGACAGGAGUGGAGGGAUGGAGAAUGCAUUUAGACCAAACUCUGUCAGCUCGAGUUUGUUAUCCAUCAUGUCUAAUCCUACCACUCCCAGGCUAAUCAACACUGCUCCCAUUCUCCCAAAGAUUGUGGAGUCAUCUGGAGAAGAUGUCGGGCUCAGUCUGGAGUGCACCACUCCUCGCCUAACAGUAUCUGAAGGCACUCCCCGUCCCAGCAAGUUAGACGAUUCAUUGAUUAUCGAGCCUGAUGACUCAGUCUCACAGAGAGGAAGGGAAUCUGCUAGCAAUGAGGAGAAACUGACACCAUUGAAGACUCCUCCUUCAUCUGGAGGGCACAGACUGGUUCCUAAACCUGGCAUGCUGUUUGCUACAAAGGCCCUCCCUCUUGUGUUUUCAAGCUCUAGUCCUGAGGAGCAACAAACCUCCGUCAGAUUCAGGCCGUCUUCAGAAGGCAAAAGCACGAGCAGCAACAGUAGAAUAAAGCAUUCUCCUUCUCAGAUUCCUGCUCGGCCAUCGACCUGCUCUCAUUCAGGCCCCUCUGGCCAGGAGCUGUGUUACCUGUGUCACCAGCGAGCACAGAAGAAUGUUGCAGUCGAUGUCUCUGAGGAGAGACUAGUGAGGGAAAGAUUUGAUGACCACAUGCUGCAAACCUACCAGCAUCAGAAAGACAUGGUUGCACUUGCUAAGGAGCUUAUGGCAAAAUCAAAUAACAGGGCCUACAACAAGCAAAUUGCUUCAAAGAAUUUGGAAGUGGCCCAAGUACAGCGGGCCAAUAGAACAAUGAAGCCUUCUGAAUUUCAUCCCUCGUAUGUGUUUAACCAACGUGAGGUCACUCCUGCCAAGUACCUGAAGCAGACUGAAUACUGUGAUCAGCUGGACAGUCAGGUAUCACACGUGCACAACCAGAGGCAGACAAUCAAGCAGAUCGAGGAGAAACUGGAGAGGGAGGAGCGGAUUAAACUCUCAGAAGAACUGGCCCGGUCCCAGAAGGAGUACAAUGAACGAAAGAUGCAGAAUACACUGCAAUAUCAGAGAGCUCUGGCAGAACAGGUCAGCCUAAAGCCAUUGGACCUGUACUCCGUUGACACCAUGGAGACAGGCAAACACCUGCACCAACCACUGUUUGGUGUUGUUGAUUUCUCUUCGGACAAACGUAGAGAUCAACAAGAAAGUUCUAAGAGGCUGCUCAAGGAGCAAAUGGAAACAGUAGCUGCUAAACACGAUAAGGUAAAAAAGAAGAUUGCUCUGGAAAAACUGGAAGAGGCUGAAAUGCUGAAACAGACGCGGAAAGGGCUCAUUGAAGACAUUCGUGCUGACAAGCACCACAAGCUAGAGAGGAGGAAGCGUCUGGAGAAGUCGUGGGAAGGUAAAAUCAAGGAGAAGUGCCAGCGAGAACUGGAAGAGCUGGCUUACUCAAAGCGGCCCAGUAGUAUGCUAGUACAGGAGCAAUGUGACAAGUAUCAUAGGUGUGAUCAGUGCAUGAGGGCCGUAGGAAACAAGGGAAAAUCGAAUGUUCACGGGGAGACCAGAUAUAUCUCCGGAUCAAGGCUUAUGGUGUAAUUUUGAACACAUUAAUUUUGCUGCACAUUAUUUUUCUAUUUUUAUGAUAAUGAUUGACAAUUAUUU